AUGACCCUCCUUACUCCCUCCGCAAUCACCCUCUUCGCCUUCCAUAACGCCCUAACGCGCUACCCCGCCACGGUUCCCUCUAAACUCCACGAUCUCGACACAGCCCGUUUCACGACCCUCCCCGCCACCGUCGCGAAACGGAGAGAAGAGAGUGGCGGAGAUGCUUGGCUAGAGAAACGGGAAGUGCUCCAGUUGGUAGAGUGGAAACUAAAACAUGGCACAUUCCGCCCCACGCUCCUAAAGCUCGUCGACGGCAACCCCGCAGAGAAAAUCGUGGAGAGCACGCGCAAAGCCUUCGCAGCCCUCUCCCCAACGCCUACCCCCGCGUCUAUCGCCGCCGCACUCCCCCUCCUCACGCCCCUCUCCGGCAUCGGCCCCGCGACCGCCUCCCUCCUGUUAUCAGUGGCGGCGCCAGAUAGCGCGCCAUUCUUCUCCGAUGAGGUGUUUCGGUGGGUGAUGUGGGAGGAAGCGGAGGUGAAGGGGAAGGGAAUGGGGUGGGAGCGGAAGAUUGGGUAUACGGUUAAGGAAUACCGGGCGGUGGUUGAGGGGGUGGGGAGGGUUAUGGAGAGGCUGGGGGUUGGCGCGGGGGAGGUGGAGAGGGUUGCGUGGGUUUUGGGACGGGAGGGUGGGGAUUUGGGAGUGGGGAAGGGGGGUGGAGUAGGGGCGGAAGUUGAGGGGAAAGAUGAGGGGGAGGGGGAGAGAGAGAAGUUGAAGAAUGGGAAGGGCGUAAAGGGAGACCGAAAGGGGAAGAUUGAGAAGAAGACGGUGAAAGGGGGUAGGAAGGCUGUGAACGAAGCUGUGAAGGGCGAGGAGCCUCGGCGGAGUAAGCGGAAGCCUGUAGCUCAGGACCCGCUGGAGGAGUCGAAAGUUACAAAAAGGUAUGCCAUCACCAAGUCAAUCGGGUUCGAUUUGCAAGCUCACGCAUCACAGGAGGGUGAAGUAGUGAAUUAUAAGACCCAAUUAAGUCCCGAUAUUCCACUGAAUAUCAGCGCUCAAAAUCUCAGGUAG